GCCGGCGUCUGGAGCUUCUUCCUCUUGUGCUGCCCAGAAGGUUCCAGACCGUUGUCCCACACACGCUGUCACAAUGAUGGGCCAACAGGUUCUCGUGCUGAGUAAGUAAAUAGAAAAACCAUAAGCAACAUCAUAACUUUGAUUUUUGUGGAAAUGUGACGCAUUUUGAUGUUUCUGUCGUUUGUAAUAUCCCGACAAGCGGCCAAAACAGGCUACAUAGCUAGCCAGCAACAAAGCAUGUGCUUCUGCUUCCUUGCCGACAACUGACAGUGUUCGCUAGCUAGCGUUAGCAAAGUAUUUAGCUAGGAGGCUAACUAGCUCUUUGUAUGACUUUGUAACGUCAUUUACAUUUUAGUCAUUUAGCAGACGCUCAUAUCCAGAGCGACUUACAGUUAGUGAGUGCAUACAUUUUCAUACAUCAUAACGUUACAACAAACUUAUCUGGCUGGCUACAGUGCAUUUUACACAACCGCUAGCUAAGUGCUCAACUCAAAUGUCCAUUCUCAAGAAUACAUUUUGCAAUGACGUUACACAUUGACAGUCAUUUCUUGCUAGCUAACUUUAGCUACUUAGGUUGCUGUUGACCAAUUGGGGCUGAAAACAUGGGAGUCCUGCCCAGCUGUUUGGCAACAUAUUAGUGAAACAAACAAAGAUUGACUCAAAUCACUGGGAUUUGAACCUGGUCGUUGGAGCUUCCAGGCAUGUCAACAUUAGACAGCUCCUGCAUGUCAGUAGCUAGCAUGUCAGAUGAAUUAAGCCAACUUUGGUGCUGUAUUUGUGUGUAGCUUAUCUAUCUGUUAGCAGCAAGGCAUAUUAUUACAGUAUAACAUAUCAGCCUUCCAAAAUGAGACAUCCAUAAUCCACACACAUGAUAUGCCUAGCUAACUAUUGUGUGAUGUAGGUAGUUCUCGAGCUACAGAUGUGUGAUCUUAAUUUGUACAUGUAAAUCAAAAGGUGCAGAACAAACGUAGACUGGUUGGAUCCCAGAGUUAACUAGACUAAUUGCUGUAAUGAUGUUUUGGUCUGCACAAUUUUAAACAACAUACACAAUAUAGUAUUAACUUCGUUCUCAUGUUCCCCUACAGGCCAGAAUAUGAAGAGGGAGUCUGGACGGAAGGUUCAGACGGGAAAUAUCAGUGCAGCCAAGGUGAGGUCUCAUUAUUUGGUGUCUUCCACUGUACUUGGUAGAAUUAACAUGGGUUCUAGCUAUGUUAUUUCAACAUAAUUGGAUGUUUAAUUGCUGUCUAUGAGGACCAGGACUAGGGCUGGGAUGAUACCAGUAUCGCGAUAAUCGUUAGCAUUGUGGCAAGGAAACAAAACAUGAAGCAGACUUCACUUCUUUAGGAAAACAGCCCUAAUGUUGGAAACAAACGUCAUUAUGUUGUCAUCUAGAGUUACAUUUAAUUUCCAAGCUAUAGCACACAAUAUUUUACAUAUAGCAGGUGUUUAAGGACCAAAGAGUUUAAUCUGCUUUGUUUUCAUUUUUGCCAUGGAAAGAAUAUUGUGAUACUGGCAUCGUCACAGCCCUACCCAGUACAUUGCUACUGUAGCUCAAUUUAUGAGGAAUGUAGGAUAGCCAUGAUGCAUUGUCUUUUGACACUGCCUAGAUAAACCUUUUUUCGUGUGUGUUGUAGACGAUCGCAGACGUCAUUAGAACAUGCCUGGGACCAAGGGCCAUGAUGAAGGUGAGCUAUAGGUUUCUUUUUAUCCUCAGGUUUUUGUCACUGUUUUGCCUGGAACAUACUUUAUGGUAGUACUUGAAUUCGGAAACCAUAACAUGCUUUGAGUGUCUGUGUGUGAAGAUGCUGUUGGACCCCAUGGGUGGGAUCGUGAUGACCAACGAUGGCAACGCUAUCCUGAGAGAGGUGAGAAGAGCACACUUGCUAUGAUUCCCAUACGUCUACUUCCAUGCAGAAAAUAUCAGUGUUCAGUGCCCCAGUGUAAAGCCAACCUCAUUCCUUCUAUCUCUGCUUCCACAUACACAGAUCCAGGUCCAGCACCCGGCUGCCAAGUCCAUGAUUGAGAUCAGCCGCACUCAGGACGAGGAGGUGGGAGACGGCACCACCUCUGUCAUCAUCCUGGGUGAGUCACCACAUGCCCAACACUGUAAAUACACUGCACCUUCAGGUCUAUUCUCAUAGUAGUAGUACACUAGUAAUCCAAUCCAGCCUAUUCCUCAUGUAUUACUUGUAUUACUCCUGUGUCUCAACCAGACCUGGAAUUUCAUGAUUUUAGGGGCAAGGCCAUUUGGCCCUCAAAAUCAAGAGGUAGUCACCUGGAAUGCAUUUCAAUUAACAGGUGUGCCUUAAAAGUUAAUUUGUGGAAUUUCUUUCCUCCUUAAUGCGUUCGAGACAGUCAGUUUUGUUGUGACAAGGUAGGGUUGGUAUACAGAAGAUAGCCAGCCCUAUUUUGUAAAAGAUCAAGUCCAUAUUAUGGCAAGAACAGCUCAAAUAAGCAAAGACAAAUGACAGUCCAUCAUUACUUUAAGACAUGAAGGUCAGUCAAUACGGAAAAUCUCUAGAACUUUGACAGUUUCUUCAAGUGCAGUCGCAAAAACCAUCAAGUGCUAUGAUGAAACUGGCUCUCAUGAGGACCACCACAGGAAAGGAAGAUCCAGUUACCUCUGCUGCAGAGGAUAAGUUCAUUAGCGUUAACUGUACCACAGAUUGCAGCCCAAAUAAAUGCUUCAGAGUUCAAGGAACAGACACAACUCAACAUCCACUGUUCAGAGGAGACUGGAUGAGUCAGGCCUUCAUGGUCGAAUUGCUGCAAAGAAACCACUACUAAAGGACACAAUAAGAAGAAGAGACUUGCUUGGGCUAAGAAACAUGAGCAAUGGACAUUAGACCGGUGGAAAUCUAUCCUUUGGUCUGAUGAGUCCAAAUUUGAGAUUUUUGGUUCCAACCGCCUUGUCUUUUUGAGACACAGGGUAGGUGAAUGGAUGAUCUCCGCAUGUGUGGUUCCCACCGUGAAGCAUGGAGGAGGAGGUGUGAUGGUGUGGGGGUGCUUUGCUGGUGACACUGUCGUUGAUUUAUUUAGAAUUCAAGGCACACUUAACCAACAUGGCUACCACAGCAUUUUGCAGCGAUACACCAUCCCAUCCUGUUUCCGCUUAUUUCGACUAUCAUUUGUUUUUCAACAGGACAAUGACCCAACACACCUCCAGAAUGUGUGUAAGGGCUAUUUGACCGAGAAGAAGAGUGAUGGAGUGCUGCAUAUGAUAUCCUGGCCUCCACAAUCUCCCGACCUCAACCCAAUUGAGAUGUUUUGGGAUGAGUUGGACUGCAGAGUGAAGGAAAAGCAGCCAACAAGUGCUCCGCAUAUGUGGGAACUCCUUCAAGACUGUUGGAAAAGCGUUCCUCAUGAAGCUGGUUGAGAGAAUGCCAAGAGUGUGCAAAGCUGUCAUCAAGGCAAAGGGUAACCACUUUGAAGAAUCUAAGAUAUAUUUAUUUAUUUUAUCUUUAUUUAAUUAGGCAAGUCAGUUAAGAACAAAUUCUUAUUUACAAUGACUGCCUACACCGGACAAACCCGGACGACGCUGGGCCAAUUGUGCACCGCCCUAUGGGACUCCCAAUCACGGCCAGUUGUGUUACAGCCUGGAAUCGAACCAGGGGGUCUGUAGUGAUGCCUCAAGCACUGAGAUGCAGUGCCUUAGACAACUGCGCCACUCGGGAGCCCAAUUGUAGACAUCCACAAGUCUGGUUCAUCCUCGGGAUUAAUUUCCAAACACCUGAAGGUACCACGUUCAUCUGUACAAACAAUAGUAUGCAAGUACAGUGGGGGAAAAAAGUAUUUAGUCAGCCACCAAUUGUGCAAGUUCUCCCACUUAAAAAGAUGAGAGGCCUGUACUUUUCAUCAUAGGUACACGUCAACUAUGACAGACAAAUUGAGAAGAAAAAAAUCCAGAAAAUCACAUUGUAGGAUUUUUAAUGAAUUUAUUUGCAAAUUAUGGUGGAAAAUAAGUAUUUGGUCACCUACAAACAAGCAAGAUUUCUGGCUCUCACAGACCUGUAACUUCUUCUUUAAGAGGCUUCCCUGUCCUCCACUCGUUACCUGUAUUAAUGGCACCUGUUUGAACUUGUUAUCAGUAUAAAAGACACCUGUCCACAACCUCAAACAGUCACACUCCAAACUCCACUAUGGCCAAGACCAAAGAGCUGUCAAAGGACACCAGAAACAAAAUUGUAGACCUGCACCAGGCUGGGAAGACUGAAUCUGCAAUAGGUAAGCAGCUUGGUUUGAAGACAUCAUUAGGAAUGGGAAAUUAAGCAAUUAUUAGGAAAUGGAAGACAUACAAGACCACUGAUAAUCUCCCUCGAUCUGGGGCUCCACGCAAGAUCUCACCCCGUGGGGUCAAAAUGAUCACAAGAACGGUGAGCAAAAAUCCCAGAACUACACGGGGGGACCUAGUGAAUGACCUGCAGAGAGCUGGGACCAAAGUAACAAAGCCUACCAUCAGUAACACACUACGCCGCCAGGGACUCAAAUCCUGCAGUGCCAGACAUGUGCCCCUUCUUAAGCCAGUACAUGUCCAGGCCCGUCUGAAGUUUGCUAGAGUGCAUUUGGAUGAUCCAGAAGAGGAUUGGGAGAAUGUCAUAUGGUCAGAUGAAACCAAAAUAAAACUUUUUGGUAAAAACUCAACUCGUCGUGUUUGGAGGACAAAGAAUGCUGAGUUGCAUCCAAAGAACACCAUACCUACUGUGAAGCAUGGGGGUGGAAACAUCAUGCUUUGGGGCAGUUUUUCUGCAAAGGGACCAGGACGACUGAUCCGUGUAAAGGAAAGAAUGAAUGGGGCCAUGUAUCGUGAGAUUUUGAGUGAAAACCUCCUUCCAUCAGCAAGGGCAUUGAAGAUGAAACGUGGCUGGGUCUUUCAGCAUGACAAUGAUCCCAAACACACCGCCCGGGCAACAAAGGAGUGGCUUCGUAAGAAGCAUUUCAAGGUCCUGGAGUGGCCUAGCCAGUCUCCAGAUCUCAACCCCAUAGAAAAUCUUUGGAGGGAGUUGAAAGUCUGUGUUGCCCAGCGACAGCCCCAAAACAUCACUGCUCUAGAGGAGAUCUGUAUGGAGGAAUGGGCCAAAAUACCAGCAACAGUGUGUGAAAACCUUGUGAAGACUUACAGAAAACAUUUGACCUGUGUCAUUGCCAACAAAGGGUAUAUAACAAAUUAUUGAGAAACGUUUGUUAUUGACCAAAUACUUAUUUUCCACCAUAAUUUGGAAAUAAAUUCAUAAAAAAAUCCUACAAUGUGAUUUUUCUGGAUUUUUUUCCCUCAUUUUGUCUGUAAUAGUUGACAUGUACCUAUGAUGAAAAUUACAGGCCUCUCUCAUCUUUUUAAGUGGGAGAACUUGCACAAUUGGUGGCUGACUAAAUACUUUUUUCCCUACUGUAUAAACACCAUGGGACUACACAGCUGUCAUACUACUCAGGAAGGAGACGCGUUCUGUCUCCUAGAGAUGAACGUACUUUGGUGCGUAAAAUGCAAAUCAAUCCCAGAACAACAGCAAAGGACCUUGUGAAGAUGCUGGAGGAAACAGGUACAAAAGUAUCUAUAUCCACAGUAAAACGAGUCCUAUAUUGACAUAACCUGAAAGCCCGCUCAGCAAGAAAGAAGCCACUGCUCCAAAACCGCCAUAAAAAAGCCAGACUACGGUUUGCAACUGCACAUGGGGACAAAGAUCGUACUUUUUGGAGAAAUGUCCUCUGGUCUGAUUAAACAAAAAUAGAACUGUUUGGCCAUAAUGAUCAUCGUUAUGUUUGGAGGAAAAAGGGGGUGCUUGCAAGCCGAAGAACACCAUCCCAACCGUGAAGCACGGGGGUGGCAGCAUCAUGCUGUGGGGGUGCUUUUCUGUUGGAGGGACUGGUGCACUUCACAAAAUAGAUGGCAUCGUGAGGAAGGAAAAUUAUGUGGAUAUAUUGAAGCAACAUCUCAAAACAUCAGUCAGGAAGUUAAAGCUUGGUUGCAAAUGGGUUUUCCAAAUGGACAAUGACCCCAAGACAUUUUGCCACAACUUUGGAAGUAUGCUUAAGGACAACAAAGUCAAGGUAUUGGAGUGGCCAUCACAAAGCCCUGACCUCAAUCCUAUAGAACAUUUGUGGGCAGAACUGAAAAGGCACGUGCGAGCAAGGAGGCCUACAAACCUGACUCCGUUACAUCAGCUCUGUCAGGAGGAAUGGGCCAAAAUUCACCCAACUUAUUGUGGGAAGCUUGUGGAAGGCUACCCAAAACAUUUGACCCAAGUUAAACAAUUGAAAGGCAAUGCUACCAAAUACUAAUUGAGUGUAUGUAGAUUUCUGACCCACUGGGAAUGUGAUGAAAGAAAUUAAAGCUGAAAUAAAUCACUCUUUACUGUUAUUCUGACAUUUCACAUUCUUAAAAUAAAGUGGUGAUCCUAACUGACCUAAGACAGGGAAUUUUUUACUAGGAUUAAAUGUCAGGAACUGUGAAACUGAGUUUAAAUGUAUUUGACUAAGGUGUAUGUAAACUUCUGACUUCAACUGUGUGUGUGCGCAAACAUACAUACACUGCUCAAAAAAAUAAAGGGAACACUAAAAUAACACAUCCUAGAUCUGAAUGUAUGAAAUAAUCUUAUUAAAUACUUUUUUCUUUACAUAGUUGAAUGUGCUGACAACAAAAUCACACAAAUUAUCAAUGGAAAUCAAAUGUAUCAACCCAUGGAGGUCUGGAUUUGGAGUCAUCCUCAAAAUUAGUGUAAAACCACACUACAGGCUGAUCCAACUUUGAUGUAAUGUCCUUAAAACAAGUCAAAAUCAGAAUAGAAAGAGGCGUGGGAGGCCCCGGUGCAAAACUGAGCAAGAGGACAAAUACAUUAUUGUCUAGUUUGAGAAACAGACGCCUCACAGGUCCUCAAUUGGCAGCUUCAUUAAAUAGUACCCGCAAAACACCAGUCUCAACGUCAACAGUGAAAAGGCGACUCCGGGAUGCUGGCCUCCCACUCCUCUUUCUAUUCUGGUUAGAGGCAGUUUGCGCUGUUCUGUGAAGGGAGUAGUACACAGCGUUGUACGAGAUCUUCAGUUUCUUGGCAAUUUCUCGCAUGGAAUAGCCUUAAUUUCUUAGAACAAGAAUAGACUGACGAGUUUAAAAAGAAAGUUCUUUAUUUCUGGCCAUUUUGAGCCUGUAAUCGAACCCACCAUUGCUGAUGCUCCAGAUACUCAACUAGUCACAAGAAGGCCCAUUUUAUUGCUUCUUUAAUCAGAACAACAGUUUUCAGCUGUGCUAACAUAAUUGCAAAAGGGUUUUCUAAUGAUCAAUUAGCCAUUUAAAAUGAUAAACUUGGAUUCGCAAACACAACGUGCCAUUGGAACACAGGACUGAUGCUUGCUUAUAAUGGGCCUCUGUACGCCUGUGUAGAUAUUCCAUUAAAAAGCAGCCAUUUCCAGCUACAAUAGCCAUUUACAACAUUAACAAUGUCUACACUGUAUUUCUGAUCAAUUUGAUGUGUUCGAAAGAAAAUAAAAAAAAUUCCCCAUUUUUAAAAUAACAAGGACAUUUUCUAAGUGACCCCAAACUUUUGAACGGUUGUGUGUGUGUGUAUAUAUACACACACACACACACACACACACAGUGGGGAGAACAAGUAUUUGAUACACUGCAGGUUUUCCUACUUACAAAGCAUGUAGAGGUCUGUAAUUUUUAUCAUAGGUACACUUCAACUGUGAGACGGAAUCUAAAACAAAAAUCCAGAAAAUCACAUUGUAUGAUUUUUAAGUAAUUCAUUUGCAUUUUAUUGCAUGACAUAAGUAUUUGAUACAUCAGAAAAGUAGAACUUAAUAUUUGGUACAGAAACCUUUGUUUGCAAUUACAGAGAUCAUACUUUUCCUGUAGGUCUUGACCAGGUUUGCACGCACUGCAGCAGGGAUUUUGGCCCACUCCUCCAUACAGACUUUCUCCAGAUCCUUCAGGUUUCGGUGCUGUCGCUGGGCAAUAUGGACAUUCAGCUCCCUCCAAAGAUGUUCUAUUGGGUUCAGGUCUGGAGACUGGCUAGGCCACUCCAGGACCUUGAGAUGCUUCUUACGGAGCCACUCCUUAGUUGCCCUGGCUGUGUGUUUUGGGUCGUUGUCAUGCUGGAAGACCCAGCCACGACCCAUCUUCAAUGCUCUUACUGAGGGAAGGAGGUUGUUGGCCAAGAUCUCGCGAUACAUGGCACCAUCCAUCCUCCCCUCAAUACGGUGCAGUCGUCCUGUCCCCUUUGCAGAAAAGCAUCCCCAAAGAAUGAUGUUUCCACCUCCAUGCUUCACGGUUGGGAUGGUGUUCUUGGGGUUGUACUCAUCCUUCUUCCUCCAUACACGGCGAGUGGAGUUUAGACCAAAAAGCUCUAUUUUAUGUCCUUACACAGCUCUCUGGUCUUGGCCAUUGUGGAGAGGUUGGAGUCUGUUUGAGUGUGUGGACAGGUGUCUUUUAUACAGGUAACGAGUUCAAACAGGUGCAGUUAAUACAGGUAAUGAGUGGAGAACAGGAGGGCUUCUUAAAGAAAAACUAACAGGUCUGUGAGAGCUGGAAUUCUUACUGGUUGGUAGGUGAUCAAAUACUUAUGUCAUGCAAUAAAAUGCAAAUUAAUUACUUAAAAAUCAUACAAUGUGAUUUUCUGGAUUUUUGUUUUAGAUUCCGUCUCUCACAGUUGAAGUGUACCUAUGAUAAAAAUUACAGACCUCUACAUGCUUUGUAAGUAGGAAAACCUGCAAAAUCGGCAGUGUAUCAAAUACUUGUUCUCCCCACUGUAUAUAUAUCUAAUUCAUGUUUGAGGAAUAUAAUUAAUAUUAACAUCUAAAGGCUUGAUAUUCAUACUCAAGGCACUGUUCGUUCAGAUAGGCCACCUUGUAAUCUGAGCGGAGGCAUUGAACAUUUUGAAACGAUUUAACCAUAAACGUAAUUGUUUAAAACCUGGACAUUUUUUUGGUCAUUUUAUGAGGCAUGUCUUACCGUGUUUUCCAAUCAUAGGAAUGUUAAAGGGAUUAUUUUAUAAACACUUUGUCGUAUGCCAUUGAAACCAGUAUUUAUCUCGUGCUCUCAACUUUCUUUCAUUGUCCAGCAGCCAAAGACACAAUCCUAGUCAUAUUAACAACCCAUGCGGUGUGCUUUGGAGAACAGUGUUUUCCUGCUAAUUGAAUGUUGAAACAUUUGCGUGUAUAACCUGCUGCUGUGUGCUUGUUGCUACGCUUAUGUGGAGAAAUAGUUUAUCAACAUUUUAAUCUGAAAGUUCUUAUCUGUUGCAUCAGCCUCAUUUGCUUUUAAAAGUUUGUUUGUUUGUACAGUGGUUGUAUUAAUUUGGGAUCUAUCGUCCCACAACUGCCCCAGAGAGUCUGUUUGGAAUGUUUCUUUCUUGCACAGAACGUCAAGCUGACCCAUUGAAUAGGUCAACUUUUGUAAUAUGUGAGAUAGUAGAUUGACAUAGGCUAGUGCUUUUGCUGUUUGUUAAUAAUCUUUUUGGCUGACGAAAAGUAAACGUGGACAGUUCUAACAUCUUCAGUAUGCACCACGGAAUUCGAUAAGAAGGACGCGCACCGUUGCAUCCCCGACGUGUCUGUCAUCACUAGUACGGUAGUCUACUUUGGAGCUGCAAUACCUGUGAGAAGGACCUGAUCACGUGACGGGCAUUGACUAAUAAGAAUUGAAAUGUCUGAGAGAGCCAUGUGAAUGAGAGGUGCUUUGGAGCAGGGCGGUUGGCAGCUGGAAGAAGGGAAUUAUAAUUAUUAUAUUCAGCCCAAGGGCACAAUGGCCACUUUGGCCGCAAGGCAUGGAUUUUUUUAGGGGCCAUCGACAGCCAUGGCUGCCGAUCCUGCCAGAAAAUUUGACGACUCAACCUGGGGGACCAUUAAUUUUGUACAUCUCUCUAGCGGGGGAGAUGCUGUCCGUAUCAGAGCAGUUCCUGGAGCAGCAGAUGCACCCGACAGUUGUCAUCAGCGCCUACAGACAAGCCCUGGAUGAUAUGCUCAACCUGCUCAAAGAUAUCAGGUACUGUUCCAGCCUCUACCACCCGCCAACACACACAACCUUUUAAUCGUUAAGGGCUGAAUCCUAACUUAACAUCUAUGUAUAAUUUCACUUUUGAUGCAAAUCUGUGAUUGACAUUAAUACUUGAUUUACAUGAAGUCUAGAGCUUUGUCCCAAAUACUGUUUCUGGUCACUGCAUGUUUUAGGUAAAAAACAUGCAGGUCAAAAAAUGUAUGUUUUUGAUCGGCGACCCCCAAAAAGGAGUGGUUCAAACCUCAAACCCCCGUGCACGCACGCACACACACAAACACACAAUCGCUGUGCAAAUGUACCUGUCAAACAGUGAUGCAUUUUCAAAACGCAAGAGACGUUUUAGACCUGCAUUUUGAGGUGAAAGUCAUUCAUGUUAGCAGCCAAUAUCAACUAGGGAUAUCAUGUCACUUCUCUGGAGUCCAGAGCAAGCAGCUUACGGCUGACCUGUAUGUAGCAGAGGUUGCAGGAUCAGAUGGAAGCAUGGUCUGUCUGCAGCCUUCUUCCUAACAAAUAUUGUAACAUAUUCUGGUGAAUUUAUUACAUCUUCAUCCCAUAAGUAUUGAAGGCAGUGUGAUGUUACAGCUAUGUCUUUAGACAUAUAGCCAGUAGCCACCCAAACAUGGCCUACCUAGGCCUGUCUGAAAUAUGAAAAUGAUCAACGAAUCGCCAGGUAGCCUAUUAUUCUGGCAAAGAUGCGUCUGUAGCACAUUGCUAAACUUUAUUUUAUAUAUAAACAUACUAUGUUUUUGCCAGGUAAAACUGGAGAAAAUGAAUCCAGUGCUUUCUGGUCAUUAUCAAAUCAAAUGUUAUUUGUCACAUGCGCUGAAUACAACAGGUGUAGACCUUACAGUGAAAUGCUUACUUACAAGCCCUUAACCAACAAUGCAGUUUUAAGAAAGAAUACCAAAAAAAUACUAUAUAAACUAAUACGAAAUAAAAGUAGCAAAUCAUUAAAGAGCAGCAGUAAAAAUAACGAGGCUAUAUACAGGGGGUACCGGUACCGAGUCAAUGUGCGGGGGCACCGGUUAGUCGAGGUAAUAUGUACAUGUAGGUUGAGUUAUUAACUUGACUAUGCAUAGAUAAGAGUAGCAGCAGCGUAAAAGAGGGGUGGAGGGGCAAUGCAAGUAGUCUGGGUAGCCAUUUGAUUAGAUGUUCAGGAGUCUUAUGGCUUGGGGGUAGAAGCUGUUUAGAAGCCUCUUGGACCUAGACUUGGUGCUCCGGUACCGCUUGCCGUGCGGUAGCAGAGAGAACAGUCUAUGACUAGGGUGACUGGAGUCUGACAAUUUUUAGGGCCUUGCUCUGACACCGCCUGGUAUAGAGGUCCUGGAUGGCAGGAAGCUUGGCCCCAGUGAUGUACUGGGCCAUACCCACUACCCUCUGUAGUACCUUGCGGUCAGAGGCCGAGCAGUUGCCAUACCAGGCAGUGAUGCAACCAGUCAAGAUGCUCUCGAUGGUGCAGCUGUAGAACCUUUUGAAGAUCUGAGGACCCAUGCCAAGUCUUUUCAGUCUCCUGAGGGGGAAUUGGCUUUGUCUUGCCCUCUUCACGACUGUCUUGGUGUGCUUGAACCAUGUUAGUUUGUUGGGGAUGUGGACACCAAGGAACUUGAAGCUCUCAACCUGCUCCACUACAGCCCCGUUGAUGAAAAUGGGGGCGUGCUCGGUCCUCUUCUUUUUCCUGUAGUCCACAAUCAUCUCCUUUAAUCUGGAUAUGCAUGCCUGCCUUUGCAUGCUGAUGCCUGGUCAAGAGUCAAGACACUCAACUUUUUGGUUCUGAGGCACAGAUUAGAAGAUUUUGAGACAAGAAUUUGGUACAAUACUGUAGGCCUAUGUUAGUAACCAGAUCGAAUAGGCAAAGGUAUAAAUAUACAAUACAAUACAAUACAAUUGGUAUAUGUAGCCUAUUCAAAUGUAGGGAAAAUAUGGAUUUUUCCCAUUCAAUUUCACGCUCAACCCCCACAAAAACCUUUUCGCGACCCCCAGUUUGAGAACCACUGAUUUAGGUGACAACUGCUUUCAUACUCUUAACAGUUGUUUAACAACUCUCCUCCAUCCCUACCCUCCCCCCAGCACCCCAGUGGACGUGAGCGACCGGGAGAUGAUGCUGAAGAUCAUCAACUCUGCCAUCAACACCAAGGCCCUGAGCCGCUGGUCUGACAUGGCCUGCAGCAUCGCCCUGGAUGCCGUCAAAACUGUGGAGAUGGAGGAGAACGGACACAAGGAGAUUGACAUUAAGAAGUACGCCAAAGUAGAAAAGGUAAGGGUCAAAGUGUGUGUCUUUAAUGUCAUACAGUUUUCCUGUGCAGUACAAUUUCUGCAUCAGAUCAGCAUCAACGUCCGCUUUAUCGUCUGUGUGUGUUUGUCCAGGUUCCCGGUGGGAUCAUCGAGGACUCGUGUGUGCUGAGAGGUGUGAUGGUAAACAAGGACGUGACCCACCCGCGCAUGCGCAGAAUGAUCAAGGAUCCGCGCAUUGUCCUGUUGGACUGCUCCCUGGAGUACAAGAAGGGAGAGAGCCAGACUGAUAUUGAGAUCACUCGUGAGGAGGACUUUGCACGCAUCCUGCAGAUGGAGGAGGAGUACAUCCAGCAGAUCUGUGAAGACAUCAUCCGCCUCAAGCCAGACCUCAUCUUCACAGAGAAGGGCAUCUCGGGUACUACACACACUGCUUAAAAAUGCAUUGCUCUUGUUAAGGCAUAUGUCUGAUGCAACUGACAUUUUUACCGUGACUAUAUUUUGCCUCUCUCUUCAGACUUGGCUCAGCACUACCUGAUGAAGGCUAACAUCACGGCUAUUCGCCGUGUCAGAAAGACCGACAACAACAGGAUCGCCAGGUAAGCCAAUUGAAAGCAACAUUUUUAUUUGACAUUACAUCAACUAUUGGAGACAAUUAUCGCAACAAACAUGUUUCAAUUUUGCUGUUCUGUUUUGCAUCAUGUUACUGUACAUAUCUAGCAAAUGACCGGUCACUUUCAUUGCUUAUUGGUUUAACAUAGUUUCAUUCUGUCUCUUUAACAGGGUGUAUGGUCUUUACAACUACUGCUCUAACUAAGCUGACCUCUUUCCCUGUUACCCCUCAGGGCGUGUGGCGCACGCAUUGCCAGCCGUACGGACGAGCUACGCGAGGAGGACGUGGGCCUGGGGGCGGGCCUGUUUGAGAUCAAGAAGAUUGGAGACGAGUACUUCACCUUCGUCACAGAGUGCAAAGACCCCAAAGCCUGCACCAUCCUGCUGAGAGGAGCCAGCAAGGAAAUCCUGGCGGUGAGAAACUGAGAGUAUAAAACAUUCAAAAUAAUAUGCACUUUUUAUUGUACAACAAUCACUAAGUGCAAAAAGAGAGGGAUGAUAGUGAAAAUAAUGUUAAUGAGAUGAGUCUCUGCUCCCACACUCCCCUCCUAGAACCUGUCUUUUUUUAAAUGAUAAGUCACAGAAGUUAUCAAAUCAAAUUUUAUUUGCCACAUGCGCCGAAUACAACAGGUGUAGACAUUACAGUGAAAUGCUUACUUACAAGCCCUCAACCAACAAUGCAGUUUAAGAAAAAAAUUAAAAUGGCAAAUAAUUAAAGAGCAGCAGUAAAAUAAAAUAACAGUAGGGAGGUUAUAUACAGGGGGUACCGGUACAGAGUCAAUGUGCGGGGGCACCGGUUAGUCGAGGUAAUUUAGGUAAUAUGUACAGUCGUGGUCAAAAGUUUUGAGAAUGACACAGGUAUUGGUCUUCACAAAGUUUGCUGCUUCAGUGUUUUUAGAUAUUUUUGUCAGAUGUUACUAUGGUAUGUAGCUCAGUUGAUAGAGCAUGGCGUUUGCAACGCCAAGGUUGUGGGUUCGAUUCCCACAGGGGGUAUGAAAAAAAAAAAAAAAAAGUAUAAUAAUAAUGUGACUAACUGUAAGUCGCUCUGGAUAAGAGCGUCUGCUAAAUGACUCAAAUGUAAAUGUAAAUGGUAUACUGAAGUAUAAUAACAAGCAUUCCAUAAGUGUCAAAGGCUUUUAUUGACAAUUACAUUAAGUUUAUGCAAAGAGUCAAUAUUUGCAGUGUUGACCCUUCUUUUUCAAGACCUCUGCAAUCCGCCCUGGCAUACUGUCAAUUAACUUCUGGCCACAUCCUGACUGAUGGCAGCCCAUUCUUGCAUAAUCAAUGCUUGGAGUUUGUCAGAAUUUGUGGGUUUUUGUUUGUCCACCCGCCUCUUGAGGAUUGAACACAAGUUCUCAAUGUGAUUAAGGUCUGGGGAGUUUCCUGGCCAUGGACCCAAAAUUUUGAUGUUUGGUUCCCCGAGCCACUUAGUUAUCACUUUUGCUUUAUGGCAAGGUGCUCCAUCAUGCUGGAAAAGGCAUUGUUCGUCACCAAACUGUUCUUGGAUGGUUGGGAGAAGUUGCUCUCGGAGGAUGUGUUGGUACCAUUCUUUAUUCAUGGCUGUGUUCUUAGGCAAAAUUGUGAAUGAGCCCACGCCCUUGGCUGAGAAGCAACCCCACACAGGAUGCUUUACUGCUGGCAUGACCACCAUCCUUUUAAAGCUUCCAGUCUGUUAUUCUAACUCAAUCAGCAUGACAGAGUGAUCUCCAGCCUUGUCCUCGUCAACACUCUCACCUGUGUUAACGAGAGAAUCACUGACAUGAUGUCAGCUGGUCCUUUUGUGGCAGGGCUGAAAUGCAGUGGAAAUGUUUUUGGGGGAUUAAGUUCAUUUUCAUGGCAAAGAGGGACUUUGCAAUUAAUUGCAAUUCAUCUGAUCACUUUUCAUAACAUUCUGGAGUAUAUGCAAAUUGCCAUCAUAAAAACUGAGGCAGCAGACUUUGAAAAUGUAUAUUUGUGUCGUUCUCAAAACUUUUGACCACGACUGUACAUGUGGAUAGAGUUAAAGAGUAAACAGAGUAGCAGCAGUGUAAAAGAGGGGGGUGGGGUGAGGUGGGGGGGUAAUGCAAAUAGUCCGGGUAGCCAUGAUUAGCUGUUCAGGAGUCUUAUGGCUUGGGGGUAGAAGCUGUUAAGAAGCCUUUUGGACCUGUACUUGGCGCUACGGUACCGCUUGUCGUGCGGUAGCAGAGAGAAAAGUCUAUGACUAGGGUGGCUAGAGUCUUUGAUAAUUUUCUUCCUCUGACACCACCUGGUUAGAGGUCCUGGAUGGCAGGAAGCUUGGCCCCAGUGUUGCAGUCAGGAUGCUCUCGAUGGUGCAGCUGUAGAACCUUUUGAGGAUCUGAGGACCCAUGCCAAAUCUUUUCAGUCUCCUUAGGGCGAAUAGGUUUUGUCAUGCCCUCUUUACGACUGUCUUGGUGUGCUUGGACCAUGUUAGUUUGUUGGUGAUGUGGACACCAAAGAACUUGAACCUCUCAACCUGCUCCACUACAGCCCCGUCGAUGAGAAUGGGGGCGUGCUCGGUCCUCUUCUUUUUCCUGUAGUCCACAAUCAUCUCCUUUGUCUUGAUCACGUUGAGGGAGAGGUUGUUGUCCUGGCACCACACGGCCAGGUUUCUGACCUCCUCCCUAUAAGGCUGUCUCAUCGUUGUCGGUGAUCAGGCCUACCACUGUUGUGUCGUCGGCAAACUUAAUGAAUGUGUUGGAGUCGUGCCUGGCCAUGCAGUCAUGGGUGAACAGGGAGUACAGGUGGGGACUGAGCACACACCCCUGAGGGGCCCCCGUGUUGAGGAUCAGCGUGGCAGAUGUGUUGUUACUUACCCUUACCACGUGGGGGUGGCCCGUCAGGAUGUCCAGGAUCCAGUUGCAGAGGGAGGUGUUUAGUCCCAGGGUCCUUAGCUUAGUGAUGAGCUUUGAGGGCACUAUGGUGUUGAAUGCUGAGCUGUAGUCAAUGAAUAGCAUUCUCAUGUAGGUGUUCCUCUUGUCCAGGUGGGAAAGGGCAGUGUGGAGUGCAAUAGAGAUUGCAUCAUCUGUGGAUCUGUUGGGGCGGUAUGCAAAUUGGAGUGGGUCUAGGGUUUCUGGGAUAAUGGUGUUGAUGUGAGUCAUGACCAGCCUUUCAAAGCACUUCAUGGCUACAGACGUGAGUGCUACGGGUCGGUAGUCAUUUAGGCAGGUUAUCUUAGUGUUCUUGGGCACAGGAACUAUGGUGGUCUGCUUGAAACAUGUUGGUAUUACAGACUCAGUCAGGGACAUGUUGAAAAUGUCAGUGAAGACACUUGUCAGUUGGUCAGCGAAUGCUCAGAGUAUACGUCCUGGUAUUCCGUCUGGUAAUCCAUCUGGCCCUGCGGCCUUGUGAAUGUUGACUUGCUUAAAAGUCUUACUCACAUCGGCUACAGAGAGCUUGAUCACAUAGUCAUCCGGAAGAGCUGAUGCUCUCAUGCAUGCUUCAGUGUUGCUUGCCUCGAAGCGAGCAUAUAAGUGAUUUAGCUCGUCUUUUAGGCUUGUGUCACUGGGCAGCUCGUGGCUGUGCUUCCCUUUUGUAGUCUGUAAUAGUUUUCAAGCCCUGCCAGAUCCGACGACCGUCAGAGCCGGUGUAGUACGAUUCAAUCUUAGUCCUGUAUUGAGUCUUUGCCUGUUUGAUGGUCUGAGGGCAUAGCGGGAUUUCUUAAAAGAGUCUGGGUUAGAGUCCCGCUCCUUGAAAGCUGUAGCUCUACCCUUUAGCUCAGUGCGGAUGUUGCCUGUAAUCCAUGGCUUCUGGUUGGGGUAUGUACGUACGGUCACUGUGGGGACGACGUCAUCGAUGCACUUAUUGAUGAACCCAGUGACUGAUGUGGUGUACUCCUCAAUGCUAUCGGAAGAAUCCCGGAACAUAUUCCAGUCUGUGCUAGAAAAACAGUCCUGUAGCUUAGCAUCUGCGUCAUCUGACCACUUCCUUAGUAACCGAGUCACUGGUGCUUCCUGCUUUAGUUUUUGCUUAUAAGCAGGAAUCAGGAGGAUAGAAUUAUGGUCAGAUUUCCAAAUGGAGGGCGAAGGAGAGCUUUGUAUGCGUCUCUGUGUGUGGAGUAAAGGUGGUCUAGAGUUUUUUUCCCCUCUGGUUGCACAUUUAACAUGCUGGUAGAAAUUAGGUAGAAAGGAUUUAAGUUUCCCUGCAUUAAAGUCUCAGGCCAGUAGGAGCGCUGCCUCUGGAUGAGUGUUUUCCUGUUUACUUAUGGCCUUAUACAGCUCAUUGCACUCAAUCUUAGUGCCUGCAUCGGUUUGUGGUGGUAAAUAGACAGCCACGAAAAAUAUAGAUGAAAACUCUCUUGGUAAAUAGUGUGGUCUACAGCUUAUCAUGAGGUACUCUACCUUAGCCGAGCAAAACCUCAAGACUUCCUUAGUAUUAGAUUUUAUGCACCAGCUGUUGUUUACAAAUAUACACAGACUGCCACCCCUUGUCUUACCGGGGUCAGCCGUUCUAUCCUGCCGACGUAGCGUAUAUCCCACCAGCGGUACGUUAUCCAUGUCGUCGUUCAGCCACGACUCGGUGAAACAACAUAAGAUAUUACGGUUUUUUAUGUCCCGUUGGUAGGAUAACCGUAAUCUUAGGUCUGAUUUAUUUUCAAAUGAUUGUACAUUGGCUAAUAGGAUUGAUGGAAGAGGCAGUUUACUCGCUCGCAGUCGGAUCCUUACAAGGCACCCCGACCUACGUCCACGAUAUUUCCGUCUCUUUCUCAUGCGAAUGACAGGGAUUUGGGCCUUGUCGGGUGUCUGUAGGAUAUCCUUCACGUCCGACUCGUUGAAGAAAAACUCUUCGUCCAAUACGAGGUGAGUAAUCGCUGUCCUGAUAUCCAGAAGCUCUUUUUGGUCAUAAGAGACAGUGGCAGAAACAUUAUGUACAGAAUAAAUUGCAAAUAACGCGAAAAAACACAUAACAUAAUAGUACAAUUGGUUAGAGGGCUGUAAAACGACUGAAUUAGGUUUUACUUGUGUUCUGAAAUCUCUCUCUCUCCCCCAUUGACCACUCUCCCAGGAGGUGGAGCGUAACCUGCAGGAUGCCAUGCAGGUGACCCGCAAUGUGCUGCUGGAGCCCAGCCUGCUGCCUGGCGGUGGCGCUGCCGAGAUGGCUGUGUCCCAGCGUCUGAUGGAGCUCUCCAAGACCCUCACUGGCGUGGAGCAGUGGCCCUACCGUGCCCUGGCCCAGGCCCUGGAGGUCAUCCCCCGCACCCUCAUCCAGAACUGUGGCGCCUCCACCAUCCGUGUGCUCACCUCCCUCAGGGUAAGCGAGUGACAGAGACGGAGAGAGUCAAAGGUAGAACCUCAUACCAUCUCGGAGUAAGACCGAUGGGAGAGUGUGCGAACGCGUGCGAGAGAGGGGGUGAAAGGGAGAUGUAGGUUUUACUGUACAUUAUAGUGGCCUUUUCACUGAGCUCCAUAUCUCUCUCCAGGCCAAGCACACACAGGAGGGCAGUGUGUCGUGGGGGGUGAACGGAGAGACUGGCACCCUAGCUGACAUGACCGCCCUGGGCAUCUGGGAGCCGCUGGCUGUCAAGGCUCAGACCUACAAGACUGCAGUAGAGGUGAGACUUCCAACCACCUGCUCAGUACAAUGUUGAGGGCAUUCAGAUGCGCUACAUAAGUGUUCAUUAGGUACAGUGCCUUCAAAGUAUUCACACCCCUUGAUUUUUUCCCACAUUUUGUUACAGCCUAAAUUUUAAAUAGAUUAAAUUGAUAUUUUGUCACUGGCCUACACAAAAUACCCCAUAAUGUCAAAGUGGAAUGUUUUUAGACAUGUUUACUCAAUAUUAGGAAGGUGUUGCUAAUUUUUGGUACACUGGAGUUGCUUACCUAGAUUACAUUGAAUCUUCCUUAGUGGCCUAGUUACAGUUUUGACUUUAAUUGGCUUGAAAAUCUAUGUCAAGACUUGAAAAUGGGUGUCUAGCAAUGAUCAACAACCAACUUGACAGAGCUUGAAGAAUAAAAUAAAUAAAAAAUAAUGUGCAAAUAUUGUACAAUCCAGGUGUGCAAAGCUCUUAGAGACUUACCCAGAAAGACUCACAGCUGUAAUCGCUGCCAAAGGUGAUUCUAACAUGUAUUGAAUCAGGGGUUUGAAUACUUAUGUAUAUUAGAUAUUUCUGUAUUUCAUUUUCAAUAAAUGUGCAGAAAUGUCUAAAAACAUGUUUUCACUUUGUCAUUAUGGGGUAUUAUUGUGUGUAGAUGGGUGAGAUUUUUUUUUUUUUACAUCCAUUUUGAAUUCAGGCUGUAACACAAUGUUUAAGUCAAGAGGUAUGAAUACUUUCUGAAGGCACUGUACAUGUGUUUUGGCUGUGCAGUUCUACUCCCUUGGACUCAUUCUUCUUCUUUCUCUCUCCAGACGGCCAUCUUGUUGUUGCGCAUCGACGACAUCGUCUCUGGACACAAGAAGAAGGGAGAUGAGCAGACAGGAGGAGGACAGGGUGCCGAGUAGAGGGGAAGAAGAGAAGGAUUGGGAACAGAGAGGAGGAAGAGGGUAAUGGAGGAAUAGGCAAUCUGAGCUAUUUCUUGUUGUUGCAUUGUCGAAGGAACCUGCAAGUAAGCAUUUUGUUGGACGGUGUAUACCAUGUGUAUCCUGGACAUAUGAUUAAUAAAAACUUGACAGGACUGUUUUAUAAACCUCUCACUCAGAUAUGACAUUUGUUAUGGACAGUCUAAGCAGACUGGGAUAGGGUUGUUGCAUGUAUUACAUAUGAAUGUACUGGAUUUGGUACCAAGGCACUCAAGUUUAGUUUGGUCAGUGUGUUUGUGUGUUUGCGCAGUAUUUAUGGCAGUAAGUGUAAGAUGUGACUGAAUAUGUUCUCCUGGGACCAAGGUUUACCUCGGUUUAUCACUCUAGGCAUUUCUUUGUAUGGAUGAACUCCUUUGUGUGACGUGAGUUGAAGAACGGUUGCCAAUGGAUGGUGACCAAAUCAAGUGACCUACAAGUAAUUUGAAUGAACUACUAAAGCACUGUGAUACUAGAACAAAAAAUAGACCUUGCAAAUGAUUUCAAGCCUGCAAUGUCUACCUCUGAAGGUCCUUUUUAAAUGCUGCAUUAUAUGGAUUUGAUCGUCUAGCAUUACUGCAUUUCAAUGAGUGAACGCUUUUUUUCUGUAAGAAAUAGUUGGAGUUAUGGUGUCUCUGGUUCUGAAUCCUCUUACUCCACUAGAACAUUUCCCACCAUUACCCUUUGCCUGGGGCUGUUACCUGUGAUUGAAUCAACCUCAAUAAAAGUGGAUACAAAUGACAUA